CAUAAUAUGCAGCUCCCACAGAUUCACAAAAUCCUCGGUGUGAGUCCACGGCAACUGUUUCCAUUCAGAUGACUGUCGGAUUGCUGCCAUCUCCUCAAUUCCUCCGCAACAACAUCAUCCGGAAGAUCUCCACUGCAUCUAUCUGCGCGCAAAAUCCCCUUCAAAUCCUUCGAUUUCGACCUUUCGCAACAAUGGCCGAAACCGCCCUUCCGGUCCGUAAGGCCAAGAAGGGCAAAGACACCGGCUCUGCUUCCAAACACCUCGAAUUGAGCCCUCCUCCUCCAUACUUCGACCACCGAAUUGCCAUCUUCGAAAAGCUCAAGGCAAAACACGACGCGGAAAUCGCACAGAAACCCCGGAAACCCAUCAACAUCACUCUGCCAGACGGGAAGAUUGAAAUCGGAGAAUCCUGGGAAACCACGCCUGCGAAAGUCGCACGCUCAAUAAGCAAGUCUCUUCUCGAACGUACCGUCAUAUCGCGGGUCAAUGGCGAGCUGUGGGACAUCAACCGGCCGCUAGAAAGCGAUUGCGAGCUCUCCUUCCUGGAUUUCAAUGAUGAGGAAGGCAAGAAAGUCUUCUGGCACUCUUCGGCGCACAUUCUAGGAGAAGCAGCGGAGAGAAGGUUUGGCUGUGACCUGUGCAUUGGCCCGCCUACCGACGAUGGUUUCUACUACGAGAUGGCCUUGCCCGAACAGCAACCUGUCCGGGAGGAAGACAAAGAGCCACUGACCACCCUUGCGAGGUCCAUUAUCAAGGACAAGCAACCGUUCGAGCGACUGACGCUCUCGAAAGAAGACCUCCUGGAAAUGUUCCAAACGAACAAAUACAAGCAGCACAUCAUCAAGGACAAGAUUCCCGACGGCACCUUCACCACGGUUUAUCGGUGCGGACCGCUGAUUGACUUGUGUCGGGGUCCUCAUGUCCCAGAUACGGGCCGAAUCAAAGCCUUCCAAGUCCUCAAGAAUUCCGCUUCGUACUUCCUCGGAGACGCGAAGAAUGACUCGCUCCAGCGUAUAUACGGCAUCUCAUUUCCUGAGAAAAAGAUGCUGGACGAGCACAUGAAAUACCUCGAAGAAGCCGCCAAGCGAGAUCAUAGGAAGAUUGGGAAAGAACAAGAGCUCUUCUUCUUCCACGAGCUUUCACCCGGCUCCUGCUUCUUCCUUCCCCAUGGCACUAUCAUCUACAACACACUCCAGGCUUUCAUCCGGUCCGAGUAUUGGAAGAGGGGCUAUCAAGAAGUUGUCUCUCCCAACAUGUAUAAUUCAGAGCUCUGGAAACGGUCGGGCCAUUGGCAAUACUACAAGGAUGACAUGUUCACCUUUGACAUCGAAAAGGAGAAGUGGGCACUGAAGCCGAUGAAUUGUCCCGGUCAUACUCUGAUAUUCGCACACCGGGAGCGCAGCUACCGAGAGCUACCCAUCAGAAUGUCUGAUUUCGGUAUCUUGCAUCGCAACGAAGCGUCCGGAGCUCUGGGCGGCCUUACUCGCGUGCGUCGAUUCGUGCAGGAUGAUUCUCACAUCUUCUGUGCCGAGUCACAGUUGCGAGACGAAAUGGCGGAGAUGUUCGACUUUUUACAAACUGUGUAUGGCAAGUUCGGCUUCACGUUCCGCAUGAAGCUUUCCACGAGGCCGGAGAAAUAUCUCGGUGACAUCAACACCUGGAACAAGGCCGAAGACAAGCUGAAGGAGGCUUUGGACGAGUAUUGCCAGGCUGGGAAUGCAAAGUGGGAGCUCAAUCCUGGCGAUGGGGCAUUUUACGGUCCCAAAAUCGACAUCACAAUCAUGGAUGCUCUAAAACGGCAAUUCCAGUGCGCCACUAUCCAACUAGACUUCGUCCUACCCGCGCGCUUCAAUCUUCGUUAUGCCACCGACGAUGUCGGCCAUGUUUCCGAGAACGCAGGAAAACCUGAGCUUCCCCCAGCUGCUAAAGUCGUCACUGCCCCUGAAUCAGCACCAACAGCUGCAGAACCCGAGGCCAAGAGCAGUUGUGACCGCAAGGGAGAAGAAUCAGAAUUCGUGGAACAGCCGCUGCCCGCUGGCUAUGCCCGGCCUGUCAUGAUCCACCGCGCCGUUUAUGGUAGCUUCGAGCGAUUCAUUGGCAUCUUGAUCGAGCAUUUCGGCGGCAAGUGGCCGUUCUGGCUCAGCCCGCGACAGGUUCUUAUUGUCCCCGUCAUGGUCAAUGCGCAUAGCUAUGUGGAGGAAGUUCACGCGCUUCUACGAAAGCAUCAAUUCCAUGCGGACAUGGAUAUCAGCGGGAACACGCUGAACAAGAAGAUCCGCAAUGGGCAGUUGUUGCAGUAUAACUUCAUCAUGGUCCUCGGUGCCGCUGAGAUGGAAAAGCGAACUGUUAGCAUUCGAGUGCGAGACCAGGAUAGCAAGGCGCCACAGAUCGUGAUGCCCCUCGAUGAGGCGAUUGAGAAGCUUGCGGCAUUACGGGAGUCAAGAAAUGUUGAGAAUGUGCUCUAGGGGCAGUGUCUUGCAGUGGACUGCAGGUUUUAACGUCUGGCAUGCAUCCUAGGCAUUUCCCCAACAUCUCUUUGCAUAGGCAUUCGAAAAGCAUCCAAAUGGUACUCUCCGAGGUGUAAAAUAAACAGGACUCAGGAUUUAGAUCUUAGAAUGCCUUGUUAUACCUGGAAAACAUGGCUCAGGCUCAGUGCCUAUCCCGAUUGGUUCUUAUGGUCUAGGUCUUUGCUUGAGAACUGAUGCCUGAAUGAUUGUACCGGUAUCAAAUUGGAGAAAAUCACAAUACAUUCCGGUUGCCAAUAAUAUCUUUCUGG